UUUCCGAACAAGAAGAUGCAAAGGAAUUCGGGAAAUAUUUGUUAAGGAUGAAAGAGAAGAAUCCGAAUUUCUUUUUCGAGCUCGAACUCGAGGAGGAUCAAUCGAUUAAGCUGGCCUUUUGGGCCGACACAAGAAGCAGAGCGGCCUGUGAGUAUUUCGGAGACGUCAUUUCAUUCGACACCACCUACAAUACAAACAGGUAUAAUUUGGUCUGUGGUUCUUUUGUCGGGGUGAAUCACCACGGCCAGUCAACACUUCUCGGAUGCUCUUUGAUGAAGAACGAAGAAAUUGAAUCAUUCAAAUGGUUAUUUCAAUGCUGGCUUCGUUGCAUGGGAGGAAACGCUCCGAAAGGGUUUCUCACCGAUCAGUGCGCAUCAAUGAAAAGGGCUUUAGAGGCCUAUAUCAAAGAAUCAUUCGAUAGGAAUUGGAACGAUUUUCUGGUGAAUUUUGGUCUUGCCGACAACAAGUGGCUCUCAGAUCUGUACGAAGACCGUCACAUAUGGUUCGUCAAACAGUACGAUAAUUGCCUCGGAAGCAGGGAGCAAGCAGAGAGAGAAUCAGAUGCUGCAGAUUUUCAUACGGUCAUACCGUGUGCAACCAAAUCCUCCAUCGAAACUCAGUUUCAAGAUGCGUACACCCAAGCAAAGUUUAGGGAAGUCCAAGCCCAAUUCAGAGGAAAGGCGAAUUGCAUCACCAGAUUAAAGAAUUCCGCUCUAGGCUAUUCAGUAUACGAAGUCAGAGAACAAGUUUCCAGCUCAAUAUUCAACAAGUUCGCGGUUACCUACGACUCAGUUGCAGCCGAGAGGAUGGCUUUGACAGUCUUAUAG